UCCCAGCAGUGUUGUGAACAAGGUGAGCACAAAGGCAGAUGAUCGCUAUUUGCUUGUGCUCGACAAAUUUUAUGUAAAAACACACAUAUCUCAUCUAUUAUUUGCAGUAUAUAGCACAGAAAAUGAGUGACAAACCAUCAACUGAAGAACAACAAUCGGAGAGACUCUUUAUACAAGGUUACCAGGUGUUCUGUAAUGAUGCAGGUCAGCCUGAUUCUGGUAACAGUGCCAAACCACCAGGAGAUUCACCUGCUGAGAAAGACCCUGAUGAUCUCCCAGUGACGUUUGAAGUGAAGACUGAACCAGUGGAUGCAGAUUAUGAAACGUCAACUAGCCCAGCCUCUGCGUCUAGUCCUGCUUCCAUGCCAGUGAUGACAUUACCAACUCCACGUCCGCGACCUCAACUAAAGGAUGUGCUACCACGCUUGAAACAAAUGCAACAAAUGAAUGCUUCUGCUAAUGUCAUUGAUGAAUUGCUGAAGAAGAAUGAAUUUCUGCUGGGGAAAAAAGAUUUUGGAGGUUAUAAGCCUUACUCACGCAGACCUAGAAUUCAAAGUGAAUUAAAACGACCUGAAAACCUAAUGGAGGCCAAUCCACAAACAUUCCUAGUGUCUCCCACAUCGCAGGCUAGAAUAUCGGCAACAAAACCAGAACUAGGGCCCAAAAUAAAGGAUGCUCGUUACGGCAAAAUCCUCCGACCUCGAAGUCCCACAAGAAAAUGCAGCAUUCCUGAAAAAGACAAGUCUCAUUUCAAUUAUGCUCUCAUAGAAUCCAGUGUUAAAGAUAAAUCUAGUGACAAGAUCUUUAAAGUUCAGAAACAUGAAAUGGUUUGUGCUGUGACCUGUAAGGCUAUGUUCAUGACUCAGGGAGGAGCAAUUAAGGGUGACUUUGACCUCCAGUUUUACUGGUGUAAUUUCUGUACAUUCCACACCACCAACAAAGCUCAACUUGUUCAACAUGGUAUGGAGCAUAGAUUUCACUGCAAGUUCUGUCGCUACCAGUCAUUCUCUAGGGCAGACAUUAUUCACCAUUCAGCAAAGGAGCAUGUAGAUGCUUUCAGAGAGACGGCCAGUUCUAUGAAGUACUGCAUAUUGUUGUCAGACUAUCUUCAGAUUUAUUCUCAGGACACAGACGAAGAUCGCAAGAAAAGGGCAGCACCAGAAGAUGAUGAUGAAGAUGAUGGUCCACCACAAAAAGCUGCAAAGUUAGAGGGCAGAUCAGUUGAUUCUCUGUCUCCUGAUGAACUCAAGACGCUGCAGAAUGAUUAUCAAAUCUUUGACAUGGAAGUGGAAACUGUUGAUGAAACUGAUAAGAAUGCAGUCAGUGAAGAGUCAUCACCUCUGGCUUCUGCCUCGGUGGAUGUUCCUUCUGACAGACAAAUUAUUGCUAGUAGUGGUUUGGCUACUUACGAAACGCCAAAAGCUAUGAAUAAUAUAGGAAUUGCUGAAAGUUCCCUCCAGUCCACCAUGUUACAGAACACAAUGCCAGUUUCCAGAACACCGCCAAUACCUGUCAGUCUCGUUGCUGCAAACAACAGACCGGUUCUAAUUUCAAGACUUCCUACACCAAUUUUGCCAGUUGGACAAUUACUUGUACAGAAUAUUGCCAAUUCUACAGUUAGACCAGCAGCAGGUUCAGCCAUUCAGUCACAGUUGACAUCCAUUGCACCAUCACUAUUGCAAACCCAUAGGCUCAUGGACAGCCGUCCACCACCACCUCCACCAUCUAACAAACCAAAACCUGGCCAGGGUUCAACUGUGUCAUCUAGCUUGUACUGGAGUUGUGGCUAUUGUAGUUUUACAAGCCAUAGCCAAAGUGAGAUAAAGGAACAUUCGCAGAAAUCACACAGAGGAAAGCCUCAUCGGUAUGUUGCACUUAUUAUGCCCUCUGACAAGCAGUCACAGAAUGGACAGAAUGCGGAAGGAGCAAAAGAUAUAAAUGAAGCAAACAUCACAAACAAAAACAUUGAAAUAGAUAAUGCUGAAGACCUGUCUGACUCUGUGCCCAUGGAAAGAGAGUCAGAAUCAUUCAAAUGCUUUCACUGCAGCUUCCUGGUAAAGAAGCCAGACCUGAUCAAAGAUCAUUUGUUUUCAAAACAUCCCAGUUUGAGUAUGGUUGGUGUGGACAUACAUUCAAAAAGACUGAAAAAUAUCUUCUACUGCCCUAGAGAUGACUGUCCAUUCCGAAGCAAGAGUCCGGCGCUGUUUCAGUCCCAUGUGGAGAGAUGUACACCCUGGCAGAUGAAAGAUUUGAACAUAGCCGUCGAGAAGCACCUGUUAGACUGCCUGGAGAACACAAUCAAAUUUAGCAAAGCUGUUCAGCUCAAGGAACAGGUAAGCACAAAUCUCGGUGAAUUGUCUUGUAUCUAUUGCAUUUUUAAGUCACAUUUCCCAAGCAGGGUCAAACAUCAUGUGAUGACGAAACAUCCACUUAGACGGAUGGUGAUACGGGCACAUUCAAAUCACGAAGGAUUGUCUUGUUUGAUUCACUUCUGUACUUUAUGCUCAUGGCACACAAGAAUCAAAUGUAGACGAAGAAAGCACCUUUUGUCAGCACACAAUAUUCAAAAUGUUGAUAUUUGUGAUGGAAGUAUCCAGAUAUACAGUAAGGAUCCUUUUGAAAAUCCAGAAUAUGCUGUUGAGAACAAGGAUGACAUUGAAAAUGUGUCUUCACCAUUAGUUGAGCAAAUGUUGGAACAAGAUUCGUAUCCUUUCUACAUUGACAGCAAAAAUGACACCAUUUACCGCUGUCCUUUCUGUUUUCUAAAGUGCAUGGGUAUAUCCGAGAUGAAAUCGCACUUGCAAAAAAAACAUCCAAGUCACAAGAUGCAAACAGUUAAUGUUGAGAAAUGCAUCAAUGAAGAAGAGUGUGUGUUCUUUCUGUGUCCUGAGGAAAUGUGCUCAGUCUUAUGUGCAAAGGAAUCUCUGCUAAUCAGACAUGCUCAGUCCCAUAAAUCGAUGUGUGUUUCCCCAACAGUGUUGGAUCCCAAUUACAAGAUUGACCCGCAUACUAAAACUUAUAACGACAAGCCUGAGAUGACAAUUAGAGAACAUAAUACAUUUGAUGCACAACCAACUUUGCAAGACGCUGAUGUUAAAUGUUUAAAACCUGUAGUGUCACAAUCUGCUUUGUUUUCAUGUCAUAGUAUUAACAGUGCAGAUAACAACUUGAUGCAUUCAGAGUGUUUAAUGGAAUCCACACUUAAGACUACCCCAUAUGUCCCACCAGGGCACUGUAGUGGCAAUACACAACACAUCACUUCUGUGCCUCACAGUAUUGGCAAUACACAAAACAUUCCCUCUGUGUUGCUCAAUAUUGGCAAUAUUGGCAGUAUUGGCAAACGGAUUUCCUCUGUGCCCCUUAUUAUUGGCAGUACACAAAACAUCUCCUCUGUGCCCCAUAUUGGCAAAACACCAAACAUCCCCUCUGUGCCGCUUAUUCUUGGCAAUAAAAAAAAUGCCCAGUCUGUGCCCCUCAGUAUUGGCAAUACACAAAACAUUCCCUCUGUGCUAGUACAAAGUCUUAAUACCGCAAAUCUGGUGGUUCCAAAUGUUCAGUCUUUGCCAUCAGUAUUGCCACCUUGUCCAGGAGGUAUAAGAAUAGCGUUAUGGAGAACUACUCUUGAUGUUCCUGCUCCAUGUCUUUAUCCACAGUUGGGUCCAACAGUAAUGACAAAUGCACCAUUUUCAACAAGGAUUUCUAAAUUAAAUGCGUCUGAAAUGCUUUUGGCAAUGGUACCUCCAGCAUCAAAGAAACCAGCUGAGGACAAUACAGUGCAUGUUGAAAUCCUGCAGGUGCCUCGGGCUGAGCAAGGAGUUGUAACUAAGUUGACAGAGUCUCCACUUAAUUUACCCACGUGUUCACAAACUGAGGUACACCAGACAGAUGCCAGACUUGAGAAUUGUAUUCAUUCAAACAUUUGUCAGUCUGAUGGUGAGGAAAAUGAUCAAAAGCUGAAAAUUGUAUCAGUAAACUCUUUAGCUUACAAUGUAGACCCAGUUAAGGAAGAAGAACUGGUAGAACCUGAUAAACCCACUAUUAAUGCUUCUCCACAAUUGAUGUUGGAUGAAACGACUAUUAAAAUUACCUCCUGCACUACGAAUUCAACAGUAGAUGGUGCAGAAAAGAUAAUCAACUCUGUCAAUAAUUCAUUAGUCGAGUCCAAUAUUCUAGACAAUGAUGAAGUUCAUGUAGAAAUGAACAGAACUAUCUCUAAUCAAAUGGACCUUGAACAAAAGAGUCUUUCUGUAAAAAGAAAAACUUUGGAAAUUGUUUCAAAAACCAGAUUGGUAUGUGAUCCUAAAGAGAUUGGUAAAGAUUUUAAUCUAGAUUUAAAAGACAGUAGCAGUAUUGAUGACGUCUGUAAUAUUGAUCAGAUGAACCCAUCCUGUGGUGCAAAAGAUGAUGUGGGAUCAGUGAGGAGACUCGCACAGGAUGUGAAGAAGAAAUCUGAUAUGGUUAACCCUGAAAGGUUCAGUUGUAAGUUCUGUGAGUUUUCUGCACUUAAUGGAGUUCUAGCGAUAAAGUCCCACAUUAAUGACAACCAUCCUGAUGAGAAAUUUGAAACUUGCUCUGUUGACAGUAACAGUGGGCAACAGAAGACCUAUUUUUUGUGUCCUUCUGAGACCUGCACAUUUUGCAUCACUGAAGAAUCUGUACUGGUCACACAUUGGAUGUGUGUACAUGAAGAUGAAAGUGAAGGAGCUGCAGAGGUUGAACGAGCUGUAGAGGCUGAAGGAGCUGCAGAGGUUGAACGAGCUGCAGAGGCUAAAGGAGCUGUAGAAGCAGAAGAAACAUCCAAUGCUGCCAAGCAGAACGUGACAGAAGAAUCCACAUCACAUGAGAAGAACAAAAGUCCGAAAGCUAAGAUCAAAUUUGGAUACGAGUGUUUGUAUUGUUCUGUGAGCUACAUUGACCUUGAUCUGAAGUCAAUGAAGAGACACUAUGAUGAGAAGCACCAGGGACAGGAUAUGAUCAUGAGAGACUUGAAGGUUGGGAGUCUGAGGAAUUCACGUAUUGUUGUGUGUAAUCAUCAGGACUGUACCUACAUCCAAAAAGGUUCUAAAAACGAGAGAUUCCAAUACCAUCAACUUGCACACAACAACUCCAAGAUCUAUGAAUGUCCCUCCUGUAAAUGGUUUUCUGAUGAUAGGUCUGCAACCAAUAAACACCUGAAAACUCAUUCCAAGAAACACAAUCCGGGCUACUUGUUGGAGUUCAGUCUGAAACUUGAACCUGAUGGAAGGGUAUCCAAAACUGCAAUAAAAUGUGGGAAGGCCAAAAUUGUUAAUUGAAAUAGAACUUGUCCCGACAAAUUUGACAAAUGAAAUGUACAUUAGGGGUGUAGCGAUAUGGAUAGAUUGUGAUGUGAUACAUAUCCUGAUACUUGGGUAGUGACACGAUAUGUACCCCAAUACUUAUUAGGCAGUGUAAUAUAUUUUCUGCAAUUACACCUCUUUAACAAUUAAAUGCCAUUUCACUUAAAACAUCUAGCUCUAACUAUCAGUUGUAUCAAAGUCACCUUUAUCAUGUAAUCUUAAAGAUCAAAUUCGACUUUCAUGGCGAUUUAUCUGUUUUUGACAGUUAAAGCCCUUGAAUUUAGGAAAUAAGAAAAUUUCCUGACUUGUUUUUGCAAUUCUUCAAGAUAUCGAGCUGAAAUUUUGUUUAUAGCUUUAUCAUGUUCUGGGGGUUGGACAUAGCCCAGUGGUAAAGCACUCGCUUGAUGUGCAGUCAGUUUGGGAUCGAU